ACCGUUACUUACAUCUGAGCGGUAAUUUAGGAUGACGGUUUUGCAGUUGGGAGAGAAUGUGUCUUCAAACUUAUCCUUAAUCUCUUCAUCCUUUCUUCUCUCGUCGACGUUGUUCUAUCAUCUUGUCGAUUUGCCGAUUUGCUGUUCAAUCUUAUCUCGUUGACGUUGUUCUAUUUUAUUGUCCUGCAAAUGGUUAAUAAUGGAGUUCAGUCAGGUUAAAGUUCGCCACUGUGACAACCAUGUCACGUGUAGCUGUAAAUUUUUCUUCCGAAAAGGCUAUCUAUGCAGACAUUCUUUUGCGGCGCUGCACCGGUGUAGAGUGAAGCAGAUAUCCAGACAAUUUGUUAAGCCUAGGUGGUCUAAGAACGCAAUCAAGGAACAACAUCAAUUUCUUGGAUUCUCGCACAUUAGUGAAGAUUGCAGCCAAAGCGAAAGAAUAAAGUUAAAGAGAAGACGUGCUUGGUUUGAAAUUCAAAACUUUUUGAACAUGGCCGAUGACGAUGAAGACCAUCUCGAUUUGAUUUUAAGUGGUGUGCAAACCAUCCAUUCUUCAUUGUUGCAAAAGUUUGGGAUACAAUCACCAAAUAAGGUUGCAAAAAGAGUAGAUAGGUUUGUUUGCCCCUCUGAACAAGAAGAGAUAUCCGUGCAGAAUCCAGAAGUUAGUCAGAAUAAGGGUUGUGGUAGUCGGAUCAAAAACAGCCGGGAACUGUCCAGGGAAGAUAGGAAAAAACGGAAGUGCAGCAACUGCGGAGAAAUGGUCCGGCAUAAUGCUCGGAUAUGUCCUGAACCCAAGAAAACAUAGUCCAGCAUCAAUAAGUUAUUUGCUUAGAUUGUGAACAAAUUUACAUUCUAGACUGUUUAUGAUUCUUUAUAACUUACUGUGCUAGUCAUUGUAUUUCUUUUACUAGA